CCAAAAAAUCCCUAAAAUUAGAAACCCUUCUGCUGGAACAAGAUACCCUUUCUUCUUCUGCUCAGAUCUGAUCAUUAGGGCUUACGUAUUUCUUCCUAGGUAACUUCAAUCGCUCUUCUUGCUCUGAUUAAUCAUCACAUGUAUGUAUAGGGUUGUGUUUCUCACCAUGUUCAAAGAAUUUAGGGUUGUGUUCUUGUUUGACCUUGUUUUGAUUUCACCUCUAAUAGUUUUCUGCUAUUCUUUUGAAUUAUUCGGUUUCUUUGCUCUGUAAUUCUGACGAAGAUCUUGAAAGCGUUCGCUUUUACUCACUGGAUACACUGUUACUUGUUUUUGAUAUACAGAGUGUUCUUUCUAGCAUGAAUUGUUGCUUGAAACCGUAUCUUGGUGAUUUGGGGAAUCUUCAGCCAUGGAUGAAAGGUCAGAAGAUCCUUCCCCGUUGCCUCCUCGCGUUGGUUCAAAGGUGAACGUCUUCGUUUCUUACAAUGGUGUUUGGGAAGUAGAUGGCACUUAUUGGAUUUUCAAGGAUGCCGAGAGUUCAUCCAUUCCAAUAGACAAGGAUGUAACGUACAUGCAAAUAACCGACAUUUUGUAUGAUGCACUUGAGAUCGAUAAGCUGAAGUAUGAUCUUAAACUGGAGGUUGCAUACACAAUGGAUGGACAACCAUUUAAACCUAUUCAUAUUAAAAGAGAUUUCCAUGUUACAGUAUUUAUGGAAGAAACAUUGAAGAAAAGGACUCCUUUAUGUGUGACUCUGGUGAAUAAGGAUGCACCUGUUGCUCAAUUGUGCAACUCUCCCAGCAUUAAACAAGCGAGAUUUGAGGGUUUGACUUGUGUUCCAAAGAAGAAGAAGAAGAGGAAGAAUGUUGAUCCAUCCCCCACAUUUGCUAGGAAGACUCGUAGUGCAGCUAAGGCUCUUGUUUCAGGAGCAGAUCCCAUUCCUAUUUUGAAUGAUGAUCAUGUUGCAAAUUUAAGUAACGAUGACGAAGGACAAGCAUUGGGGACAAGCAGCAGUCCUCAGGAGAAUUUACAAUUAAAUAUUGUACAAAAGCCUAUAAGAUGGAGUGCUCCAAUGUUUACAAAAGAGGAUAUAAUGGCCUCCAACCAAAAUCAUUCAUCCACAUCUAUCAUUCCUUUAGGAGAAUUAUUUAUUGGUCAGACAUUUGACAACAAGAUUGAACUGAAAACCAAAGCAGCCCUUCAUGCCAUGAAGAGUAAUUUUGAGUUUCAGGUGAAGAAGUCCGGUACUGAUGUGUGGUACAUUACAUGUAAGGAUCCUCAUUGCUUUUGGAGAUUGAGGGGCAAGAAAUUGAAGGGGUCCUCAAUGUUUAGGAUUACUUCAUAUCGUGGUGAGCAUGCUUGCUCAUUGGCUGUUGGUGUGAAAGACCACCGCCAAGCAGCACCAUGGAUAGUUGGCCACCUAAUCAAGAACAAAUAUGUCAAUGAAGGAACUAGCUAUUUGGCAAAUGACAUAAGAGGGGAUAUGAAGAAACAAUACGGGAUCGAUAUGAGCUACGAGAAGGCUUGGAGAUGUAGAGAGAAAGCACUAAUGUAUGUGAGGGGUGCAGUCGGCGAUUCAUAUUCCAAGUUGCCUGCUUAUUUGUACAUGCUGCAAGAAAGGAAUCCAGGUACGAUUACCGACUUUGUGACAGAAGAUGGCCACUUUCUUUAUUGCUUCUUUGCCCUUGGAGCAUCUAGAAUUGGAUUUAAAGCUUGUCGCCCUGUUAUAUGCGUGGAUGGCACAUUUCUAAAGACAAAAUAUGGUGGGUACAUGCUAUGUGCUGUUGCAUUGGAUGCUAAUAACCAAUUGUUUCCAAUUGCUCAUGCUAUUGUCGACAGUGAGAACCACAACUCUUAUUGUUAUUUCAUGAGAAAGUUGAAGGAAGUAAUUGGGGACGUCGACAACUUAGCUUUUGUUUCAGAUAGGCAUACUAGCAUUGUUGAUGCUCUCGAGACGGUCUUUCCAAAUGCCUACCAUGGUGCUUGCUACCACCAUAUUAGUAUGAAUGUAAAACAUAAGUUCAAGACUGACCACUGUCACCAGACCAUGUUUUUGGCGGCACAUGCCUUUCGCAAGACAGAAUUUCAAAAGCACUUUGAUGCAAUAAAAGAAAUGAAUCCUGCAAUAGCCGAGUAUCUCGAGGGUAUCGGUUUUGAUAGGUGGUCUCGUGCUUAUUUUCCUGGGAAUCGAUAUAAUAUAAUGACAAGCAAUUAUGCUGAAAGCUUCAACACCAAAACGAAGGAGGCCAGAACCUUCCCAAUUACUACUUUUGUGGAAUUCAUUAGAUUCACUCUGCAGACAUGGUUUUGUGAACGGAGAGAUGAAGCCAUCAAAUGUACCGCAAUAUUGUCCAACCUUACGGAGACUGAUUUGACGAGAAUAGCUGACAAAUCAAGGUUCAUGAAUAUUCAAUUUUUUGGCCAAAAUGAAUUUCUUGUGGUAGAUGAGACGAGUGAGUCGGAAGUUAACUUGUUGACUAGAUCAUGCUCUUGUGGCAUGUUUCAAAUCAUUGGAAUCCCAUGUGUUCAUGCGGUGGCUGCAGCAAUGAAAUGGGGGGUGAACAUAUACUCACUUUGUUCUUCAUUUUAUACCGUAGAGAAUUGGAGAGAGACAUAUAAAGAAACUAUAUAUCCUUGUGGUAACGAGGAUGAAUGGACAACGCCUGAUAAUAUAAAGAACAUGCAAGUUGGGGUACCUAUUGAGAAGAAUCCAAUCGGUCAUCCAAAGAAGAAAAAACUGGGACGGCCGAAGAGAAAACUUCCACCAUCUAUGUAACGAGUUUUUGUAAAGUCAUGCAAGUGUAGUUGAUGUCAAUAGAGUUCCGCUAGAGUUUUAAACGUUGUUUGAAUUUCAACUGUUGUGUUGUAAGUAUAAAAAGUAAGGUAAAUCAUUAAUUUAUGGAGUUUUCUUCAUGCAUUUUUACCAGCUUGAUAUAUGCUCGAAGGCCGAGUUGUGAAUACAGGGAACUCAAUGUU